AUGGACAUUGUCUCUUCCACCUAUUUAAGCAUUGGAGGGGAUAUGCAUGCGCUCAUGCGGUAUUCAUCGACCGAUGCAAAUUACACAUAUGAAUGUAUCACAUCCGUCGAAGGAAGCUACGCAAACACCCAACCUUACGGAUGUAUUGUCCUUAGGUCGUUUACUUUCAAAACAUCAAAUGGGAGAACCUUAGUAGUUGGAACAGUCACUGGAACCAAGUUCUCUCUGCAGAGCCAAGGCAAUGCUAUUGUUGGAUCCCAUGGACGGGUAGGUUCUUGUGUUGAUAGUAUCGGUGCAUAUUACGCUCCGUUUACUCCUUCUCCUCCUCCUACAGAGAAACUAGAGGGACAAGGUGGUGCUGGAGGAGAGUCUUGGGACGAUGGUGCUUUCCAAAAUGUGAAGAAGGUAUACAUAGGACAAGGCGAGUAUAGUAUCGUCUCUGUUAAGUUUGAGUACGAGAACGACACCAGUGAGGUGGUUGUUGGGGUUGAACAUGGAAAGACAACAUUGCUUGGAUACGAAGAGUUCGAGGUGGAUUAUCCAAGUGAAUACAUCACGUCAGUAGAGGCUUGCCACGACAAGGUUAUGGGAGCUGAAACAGGAGUUAUAACGAUGGUUAGGUUCAAGACAAACAAACGCACCUCUCCACCCUUUGGACUUGAAGCUGGAGUCAACUUUGUCCUCAAGAAGGAAGGUCACAAGAUCACUGGGUUCCAUGGAAAAUCUAGUACUAUGCUUCAUCAGAUUGGAGUUCAUGUCGUUCCCAUCACUGAGUGACCAUCCACAGCUUGGUUGAAUUACAAUCCUCUGUCAAAUUUUGGUUUUUGUUGCUUUUAUAUAUGAAUCUGUAUUAAUUAAUAUUCUCCUCUGCUUGUUGUUUGUGUUCCAUUAUGCA